UAUGAAGAAUUAAAAAAUCUUUUGCCUGCCGACCGAGCCUGCAAGGUUCCAGGGUGUUAUAAUAAUUACUCCGGCUCAGGAGGAUUAAGAGAAAGUAAUCCUCAUCUUUCCGAAGAACAGUUUAAAAUAAUCUCUAAUGAAGAAGUCAGCACCAAAGUAUUGAAUGGCAAGUGCAUGUUUCACCGAGCACUCGAAAUUCUUCAUAUUAAUCUCAACGGUUCUUCUUCUCACCAAGAAACAGGAGACCAAAACGCCGAUAAUGACCCGGAAAGAGAACGAAUAAAACGAAUAAUCAGAAAUGCCCUGCCAAAUAAUAAUGAAUUAAAAAAAAUGCUUCAGGUCAACAAAAACAAUAUAAAAUCAGAACAAACUUCUAAUGAGGAAGAAACGGGAAAUAACCCGGAUUCUGAAACCCCAAGUGGUAAUCAAGGCGGAAAUGACUCGCCUUCUUCUGAACUAAUUAAUACUGCUAACAAAGACGAUAUCGUUAAUAUAAAAGCCCGAGUGCUGGCUGACAUCCAUGCCAAAAGAAAGGCUAAAAAAGCAGCCGAAAACAUUACCAAUAAUCUCCAAACGGAGGGAAAAGAUGCUGACCAACUAAAAAAUCAAUUGGAGGAAAUGGAAAAAUUAAAAGGUCAGCAAAGUUAUGAAGACAACCAAUCAGGAAUAGAUAAUUUAAAAAAUGAAUUAGCCAAAAAG